AUGGCACCAGCAGCACCACAGAAGGACGUGAAGCACGAAUUGAAUGCGACCACGCUGGAUGCUACUAAUGGACGCGGCUGUAGGAACGGGCACGUGGUCAUUGUCACCAGUGUCCCGUCGUCUCUAUGUGCUAGUGAAAGCACGGUGCGGCAUCUUUUCGCCACUUAUGGCACGCUCAUGUCCGUGACGGUUCACCACAACUUCUUGGACAUGGAGCCCGACGGGUUCAUGUACUUGGAAUACUCGGAAAAACAAGCGGCAGAAGCGGCUGUCGCUGCUGUCGAGGAGAAGAGCGUCGGAUCAGCAGUUGCAGCAGCAGCUCCUUCUGCCAGAUCCAAGAACGCGGUGCUCCCGUCUGCUGUUGCGGGUAUGAAGGCGGCGCUUGCGCUCGCUCGAGGAGUGCCACAAAUUGAGGUGGACGAAGAGGUGAAGGAUGCGCUGCUCGGCAGACAGGAAGUCAACCGGUUCACACAGAGUCAGCAGGAACUUGUGGACGAGGAGGAUCUGAUUCUCCAGAGUCUGUCGCAGCACUCACUUACUAGCUCCCAACCCAAGGCGAAGCGAGACAAGCGGCGCAGAAGCUCGGAAACUAGUGUCGGCUCAAGAGGUCCGAAGAAGACUCGAAAGGUGAGGUACUAG